UCAGGGUAGGUUGCAGGGACACAAUUACACGAGAGAGAGUGGAAGUGAAACAAAGCGACAAUAAAGUUCGCAUCCUAAUAGAAAUUAAUACCCACAGGUAUAAAGAUAAUUAUAACGAGUGUUAGUGCAGUUGUAUUAAUUGUUGCCGAAAAACAUUACCUCGCAUAGACGAGGCACAGAACAAACGGAACUUGUGUAACUCUAUAACACAGCGAUGCUAUAGUAACUUUUUAUCCGACCAUUUGUUAACGAUUUCCCCAUUAAAUCAUUCAGUAUUUCUUUUCAGUUUUGCCAAAAUAAAAGAACUGAAGACUUGUUUCAGAUGUUAGAUUACUAGCAUAGAUCAAUUUAUUCACUCCUUUACCUUAUCAAUACCUAGUGCCAUGACAUUUAGUUUUGAGUGCACAGAACUUAGUGACUGUUGAUUACAAGACAAGAUAAUAGAUAAAAAGAAAAAAAGUCGACCGAAAUUAAUUUUACUAUUGCAAACCAUGAAUGACAGAAUUUUAUUUACUAAGAAUGCAGAGAAUAGAAAGACAAAAAUACCAUCAAAUUCAGAUGAUGCUUUUCAAAAUUUUAUAAAAACAUGUUUAGAAAGAAGAAGUGAUAAGGACACCAAAAAGGUUUUACAGAAAUUAAACAAAUUGUAUGACAACCUUAGUUCAUAUCACAAAACUGACAAUAAGUUCACAUUAUACAUCAAUACUUGUUAUAAGAAAAUUAUAAAAAACAUUGCCAAAGAUAUCUUUACUCCUAUUUUGGAACUUCGCACUGAGAUCAAAAAUCGUAUUAAAAGUAAAUUGAAAAAUAAAAUAAUGCAUGACAAUGAAGUUAUUGUUGAAGCACAGGAAAUAUCAAAAGAGAAUAGGAUAAAAAUUAAACAACUUGAAGAAUCUAUAAUACAAUGUCGAAAGAAAAUCAAGGAACUUGAAAAGCAAGAAGUUAAUUUUGAUGACGAUGAAAAUUCCUCUUACAUUCAACAAGAUAAAUAUAAGAAAAGAUUAAUUCAAUUGUGCCAUUGUUUAAGUAAAUUGAAAGGAGAUAAAGCUAUGAAAGAGCAAAUAUUGAAAAAGAAAAUCAGAAGAAAAAAUAUUCAAGGUGAAAUGACAGGUAAUUUAUUACUUGAUCAAGCUAUCAUAAGUGCUAUAAAUUCGGAAAUUAGAAAAAUCAAUCGGCUACAAUAUCUGGAGACUAAAAGUUGUGCUGAUUUUAUUAAAAUGCCUGAAUAUAUAGAUAUUUUACAAUGUAUUAAAAAGUGUAAUAAAAACAAUGACCUUGGCCUAAGUGAUGAACAAAUCAUAAAAUCAGCUAAAGCAUCUUACCAAGUUGUUGGAAAAUUUUUAAAACAACAAAGGAUCAAUGAGUUGAAAUUGUACAUGCAAUUUAUAAUUCAUGGCAGUGAAGAUCCUGCUAAGAAAGAUAGCGAAUUACAAAACACAUUACAACAAAAUAAAGAAAAGGGGGAUCAAAAACUCUAUCAAGUUUAUCAAAAAUAUACUGACAUACAAGAUAACUUGAGACUAGAAAAAACUAAAGACACAGCAUUUAAAUCUAAAGAGCCAUUGAAAGAUAAUACAGCGACAGAAAAAACACUUACAUCUAAUGAUUCAAAAAAUAGUAUAAAGAAGAAAAAUUUUGAAAAGAUUGAUGAAAUUGUGAAAAAUGAAAUAAUAAUUAUAGACAGUAGUGACGAUGAAUGUGUGGUAAUAGAAAAUCCAAAAUCAUCAUUCAUUAAAGUUUGUGCUUUUGCAAAAUCACCGCCUGCUUGGGUAGAUGAUAGAAAUCUACUAAAUACUAUUGAAUCUCCACCGUUGACAGUGGAUAAAGAUGUAAGUAAUAAUCUAGAUAUUGAACUUUAUUGAUUAAUAGUACACCGUAUUUGAAAUGUAAUAAUUUUGAAUGGCAUUGGAGAUUUUAACAGUUCAUUUAUUCAACAAAAGAAAUAUUUGAAAAUUUUUUAUUUUUAUAAAUUAGUUAUAUUACAACAUUAAUGUAUAUCUUGGCUAAAUAUUUUUGAUAUUAAAUUUGCUAUGUUCAUUAAGUAAAUAAUAUAUGUUGAUAGU